AUGGCUUCAUUAUUGAGGCCGUUCAUCAUCGGUCUUAUUUUGUUUUUUUCUAUUCUUAGUCAAAUUGAAACUCGAACUGCUCAAAAUGAUGAUGAUGUAUCAAAGAUUAGAGUAAAAAGACAAGAAUAUAAUCCAUAUCCUUAUGAUCAUCGACAACGAUAUCCUCAACCUCCAUCUGGACAAUAUCCACCAAAAGAUCCUAGUGAAACACAUGUUCAAGGUACUGAAUGUAAAGGUUGUGGUCCACGACGUGAUUGUCAAUGCCCAGGAAAAGGUGCUAUGGGUAUAACUGGUCCACAGGGUUUUCCAGGUAUUCCAGGUGAUCGUGGUCUUAAAGGUCCCUCAGGACGACCAGGUAAUACAGGUGUUUCUGGUGAAAAAGGUGAUCGUGGUCAAUAUGGUAACAAAGGAGAACGAGGUGAUGAUGGUUUAUUGCCUAUUGAUGGUCAAAAUGGUUUUCCCGGACAGCCUGGUGCUGUCGGUCCACGUGGUAUUCCUGGUGUACCCGGUUGUAAUGGUAGCAAGGGUGAACCCGGUGACGAUGGUCGCAUUGGAUUAGAUGGUCUACCGGGUUCUCCUGGUAUACCAGGAUCAGCGGGUCUGAUAGGUGAACCAGGUGACUCAAUUGGUCUUGGUGGUGUUGUACCCGGACCACGUGGUGAUCCUGGCAUGCCUGGUCGUUCUGGUGUACCCGGUUGGCCUGGCCCUCCCGGUCCUCCAGGUUUGUCAGGUCCAUUAGGACCACCAGGUCCAGAUGGUGGCCCUGGACCAAGAGGUGAUUCAGGAUUACCAGGACCAGAUGGUCCCACAAGCUAUGGUAACAAAGGUCAACGUGGUGAUCCAGGCGAUAAUGCUCCUACACCAGUCGAUCCAGUACCAUAUGGUCGUUUGCGAGGUAUUACAAAUGUUCAAGGGCCACCUGGUAUGCGUGGUCCAGAUGGUGAUCGUGGUUAUAAAGGAGACCGUGGUCAACCUGGCUAUUUAGGUAUCGAUGGUUUACAAGGACCUAAAGGAGAAAAAGGUGAAAUUGGUGCACAUGGAUCACAGGGUAAAAUCGGUAAAGAAGGUCCUUCUGGUCCAUAUGGAAUCAAAGGCGAAGCAGGUCCACCUGGUCCACCUGGAAGUGAUGGUCUUCCUGGCGAAUCUGGUCAAUCUGGUUAUCCUGGUCCUAAAGGUCAACGUGGUGAUCAUGGUGUAAAUGGUCCAAAUACUUAUGGUACCAGACGUUCUCGACCACUUCCUGGACCACCAGGUUAUCCUGGAAUGACAGGUGAUGCUGGACCAAAUGGUUUUCCUGGUGCUCCUGGUUUUCCUGGUCGAGAAGGUCUUAAAGGUGAACGAGGUGAUUAUGGUUCGCCCGGUCGACCUGGUCCUAUGGGUGAAACAGCUGAUGCCGAAAAGGGUGAUCGAGGUUCUGAUGGACUUCCUGGUCCUUCUGGACCACCUGGACCUGCUGGCAUUCCGGGUGAAAAAGGUGCUAUAGGCGAAAAAGGAUUACCUGGUGAAGAGACAUACGGACCACGUGGAAAUAAUGGACUUCCGGGACGUACUGGAUAUCCUGGUUUACCCGGACUAUCAGGUGAUAUUGGUGAACCAGGUUUACCAGGUCUACCAGGUGAUGCAAGUUUUCAAGGUUAUCAAGGAUACGGUCCUCCGGGUUCACAAGGAUAUCCAGGUCGACCAGGUCAACCAGGCGCACCCGGCUUUCCUGGUGUUCCCGGAUCGAAAGGUGAUGCUGGUGACCCUGGUGGUUGUGGAUUUUGUCCACCUGCUACUUCUGGUCUUCCAGGUGAUCGUGGUAGCCAAGGUUAUCGUGGUCGACCAGGUUUAACUGGAGCACCUGGCUUUCGAGGUGAAAAAGGCGAUAGCGGACCCAGUGGAUCUUCUGGACCAAAUGGUUUACCUGGACCAGAUGGAAUUCCUGGUCGAGAUGGUUAUCCAGGUUUGUCAGGACGUAAAGGUGAAUCUGGCGAAUUGAUUGGUGCUGAUGGCAUUAAAGGUCGUCGAGGAAUACCGGGUGAAUCAGGAGUUAAAGGUUAUCAUGGUGAUGUUGGUGAGCCUGGUGUUAAUGGACGUGAUGGCUAUGACGGUAUUCCUGGUGCACCUGGUCUACGCGGUCCUCCAGGUGAUGUUGGACGAUCAGGAACUGCGGGUAUUUCAGGACCUAAAGGUCCACAAGGUCCAUCUGGACCACCAGGUCAAGUAUUUGCACGUGGGCCACGUGGUGACCAAGGUGAAAGUGGUCCACAAGGUAAAACUGGACGAUCUGGUCUACCUGGUCCACCUGGUGAUGAUGCGCCGGUUCCAGUGAUUACACCUGGUGAGCGAGGAAUUAAAGGAUAUCCGGGUGAUCAAGGUUUUGCUGGUCAACCUGGUGCUCCUGGAUUACCUGGACGAGAUGGUCUACCUGGUGGUAAUGGUUUUCCUGGUCCAAAGGGUGAAGAUGGUCGACCUGGCUUUCCUGGAGUACCAGGAGAAAAUGGUGUUAAAGGUUAUCCGGGUAUGGAUGGACGACCUGGUCUUGAUGGACGACCUGGCCUUCCAGGAAUGAGUGGACAACCUGGUCUACCUGGCUUACCAGGAGCUAAAGGACAACGAGGUGAAACUGCUGUCGCAACAAUAUCUGGACCACCAGGCGCUCCAGGUCCAAAAGGUGUUACUGGUGAACGUGGUGCACCUGGUAUUGCAGGAAGUCGUGGUCUACCUGGCCAACGUGGUUUACCUGGUAAUCCAGGUGUAAAUGGUCUUCCGGGACAAGCUGGUCUACAAGGACAAAAAGGAGAAAGAGGUGGUACUGGAACUGCUUGGCAAGGUGAUAUUGGUUUGCCUGGUGUACGUGGUCGACCCGGAGCCCCUGGAAUGGCUGGAGCUCCAGGUAGUCCCGGUCUAGCUGGUUUUCGUGGUUUACCUGGUGAUUUGGGUCGACCAGGUCAAAAUGGUGCACCUGGCUUUCCAGGCAAACCUGGCGAACGAGGUGAUAAUGGACUUGAUGGAUUUCCUGGUUUGAUUGGAAUGAAAGGUCGUCCUGGUGUACCUGGUGAACGUGGAUUACCUGGCAGUGCUGGCCCAAAUGGACUUCCCGGUUUUCCAGGACCUAAAGGUCUUCCAGGUGAUGUCGGAGAACCAGGUCUUCAUGGUGGCUAUGGUCUACCAGGUCAAAAAGGAGGAAUUGGUGAGCCUGGUGAAGUUGGUCUACCGGGUAUUAAAGGUCUUCCAGGAGAAUCUGGUUCAUUUGGUUCCAAAGGAUUUCCAGGCGAAGUUGGAUUCUCCGGCUUACCUGGCUCUCCUGGUUUACCUGGUCGUGAUGGACGUCCUGGUUUACCUGGUUUGAAAGGAGAAGUAGGUGAUUGGUUUAAAGGCGUUAAUGGAAUACGAGGUGAACCUGGUUUACCUGGCCUUCCUGGUAUUCCGGGUACUACGGGUUUUCGUGGAUUGCCCGGCCUUCCAGGUGCUAUGGGACUACGUGGACAACCAGGUCUUAUUGGAUAUCCAGGUCUUUCGGGUCUUAGUGGUGCACCUGGCUUACCCGGACUGAAAGGUCAACCAGGACAAAGCGGUCUUCCUGGACUUGUUGGACCUCCAGGUGAUCGAGGUCUUCCUGGUCGUCCUGGUUUACCAGGUAUAACUGGUCUGAAAGGAAUGAGUGGAGAACCAGGUCGAGAUGGACGAGCUACAGAAGCAGGACGAAAAGGAGAACCAGGUGAUGUUGGUCCAUCUGGAAUUCCAGGACUUUCUGGAAUGAUUGGUGAUGUUGGUAUGUAUGAUUUAGUAAAUCGUUUUUCAUUUUCAAAUGGUACACCAGGUAUUACUGGUCCACAGGGAGCUCCAGGUCGUGAUGGUCUUCCAGGUUUACCAGGCGAAAAAGGUUUAGCAGGCAUACCAGGAAAAACAGGACGACAAGGUUUACCUGGUAUACCAGGAUCUAAAGGAAGUGCUGGCUAUCCUGGCCGUCCUGGUAUGAAAGGUGUACAAGGUGAAAGUGGUGGUCGCUCUUUACCAGGUCUUCGUGGUGAUCCUGGUCGCGAUGGUCUUCCAGGUCGAGCAGGUCUUCGAGGACCACCUGGUGACAUUGGUCCACCUGGUCCACCUGGUCGUGAUGGUCGUGGAGUAACUGGUUUACGAGGACCAACGGGAGAUCGUGGUCGCGAUGGUUUAUCAGGUCGACCAGGUCCAAGUGGCUUUCCUGGACGAGAUGGUAAACCAGGUUUAGCUGGACCUCCUGGUAUACCGGGCCUUCUUGGAAUCAACGGCCUUCCUGGUAUAUCAGGUGCUGCUGGUGCAAAAGGAUUACCGGGUCAACCAGGACCAGCUGGAAAUCCAGGUUCACCUGGAAGACGAGGAGAGUCAGGCACACCAGGUGUGCCAGGAAUUCCAGGUCGUAAAGGAGAAAUAGGUGAUGCAGGUUUACCAGGUGCUGAUGGAUUCCCAGGUAUACCAGGUCCAAAAGGAGAAACAACACGAGUAGAAGCUUUGGUACAACCAGGUACAAAAGGUGAACGUGGAGAUCAAGGAUUUUCUGGUGCUAAUGGAUUACCAGGUAAAAUUGGUCUUCAUGGACCAAAAGGUUAUCCAGGUCAAGUUGGUCUUGCUGGUCGCCCAGGCAGUCCAGGAUCAUUAGGAGCUCGUGGACCAAUCGGUGAUGUUGGAUUUCCAGGAGCACCCGGUUUACAUGGGUCACCAGGAUCACCAGGUAUUGCUGGUCUUCAAGGUCUUCCAGGAGAUACAGGUGAAGGUUCAUUCAUAUUUGCACGUCAUAGUCAAGAUAAAACAACUCCACAAUGUCCAUAUGGAACAACAAAAAUGCAAGAUGGUUUUUCAUUUAUGGGUAUGCAAGGUGAUACCUAUGCUGCUCAUCAAGAUCUUGGUGGAUCUGGUAGUUGUUUACGUCGUUUUAGUGCAAUGCCAUUUUUAUUUUGUGAUAUUGGUAAUUCAUGUCAUUAUGCAUCACGUAAUGAUUAUUCAUAUUGGUUAUCAACAAAUGAACCAAUGUCAUCAAGUAUGGCACCAUUUGAAGCACGUGAUAUACCAAAUCAUUUAAGUCGUUGUGUUGUUUGUGAAUCAGCAACACCUGUAUUUACAAUUCAUAGUCAGUCACAACGUGUCCCAACAUGUCCUGAUGGAUAUGAUCUUCUAUGGACUGGUUAUAGUUUUGUAUUUACAUCAGCUGAUGGUGGUCGUGGUGAUCAACAAAGUUUACAAUCACCAGGUUCAUGUCUUGAAAAAUAUCAUGAUCGACCAUAUUUUCAUUGCAAAGAUCAUUCACAUUGCAAUUAUUAUCCAAAUAUGAUGACAUUCUAUUUAGCUACGUUAGAUGAUUAUACCGGCUUUGAAAAACCCAAAUUACUUACAUUAAAAGCUGGUACACAAAGACAACAUGUUAGUCGAUGUGCUGUAUGUCAUGCUAAUCUAUUUAAACAAACAACUUAUGGACCAUCUGCAUUUUUUGCACAAGUCAAGAAAAUUUAA